CUCACUCGUUUCUCAAAAGCUUCACCUUUCGUUUUCUCCUCUUCUCCACGAUUCUCGGCCUUAGCGUCUACUUUCUCUCUCUGUGUGUGUCUCUAUAAGCAGAAUAGUAUUCUUCUUCUCGGAGACUGAAUCGAUCGUACAAGCGGAAAUGAAACCUUUCACCUUCUUCGGUAGAUUUUCUAGAGCUUUCCAUGAUCAUCCUUCUCUCUCCAGGAUCCUCCUCGUCUCCACCAUCAGUGGUGGAGGACUUAUAGCCUAUUCUGAGGCAAAUGCAUCAUUCUAUAGUAACAAUGGUGUUGAGACUGGAACCAGAAAGAAGAAGGUAGUGCUGCUCGGAACUGGAUGGGCUGGAGCAAGUUUCUUGAAGGAUUUGAAUAAUCCAUCAUACGAGGUUCAGGUUAUAUCGCCUCGAAACUACUUUGCUUUCACCCCUCUGCUUCCUAGUGUCACUUGUGGAACCGUUGAAGCUCGCAGCGUCGUUGAGCCCGUUCGCAACAUUGGAAGGAAGAAAAAUCUUGAGGUGUCUUUCUUGGAAGCAGAAUGUUUCAGAAUUGAUCCAGGAAGCAAGAAAGUUUACUGUCGAUCUAAACAAGGCCUGGACUCUAAGGGAAAGAAAGAGUUUGAUGUUGACUAUGACUACCUUGUGAUUGCUACUGGUGCUCAGUCUAACACAUUUAACAUUCCUGGGGUGGAGGAGAACUGUCAUUUCUUGAAAGAGGUUGAAGAUGCACAGAGAAUCCGUAGAACUGUAAUUGAUUCAUUUGAGAAGGCAAAUUUACCGAACCUAAACGAAGAAGAGAGGAAGAGAAUUCUACAUUUUGUAGUUGUUGGUGGUGGACCAACAGGUGUUGAGUUUGCUUCUGAGCUGCAUGAUUUCGUCACCGAGGAUCUUGUCAAACUCUAUCCUAAAGCCAAAAAUUUAGUGCAGAUCACUCUUCUAGAGGCUGCAGACCACAUCUUGACCAUGUUUGACAAGAGAAUCACUGAGUUUGCAGAAGAAAAGUUUAGCAGAGAUGGUAUUGAUGUGAAAUUGGGUUCUAUGGUGACUAAAGUGAAUGAGAAAGAUAUAUCUGCUAAAACCAAAGGAGGAGAGGUUUCCACAAUUCCGUAUGGAAUGAUCGUUUGGUCAACUGGUAUUGGGACACGUCCUGUGAUAAAAGAUUUUAUGAAACAAAUUGGUCAGGGUAAUAGACGCGCUUUAGCAACUAAUGAAUGGCUUCGUGUUGAAGGAUGUGAUAACAUAUAUGCACUUGGUGAUUGUGCAACUAUCAACCAGAGAAAAGUCAUGGAAGAUAUAGUUGAUAUUUUCAAGAAAGCAGAUAAGGACAAUUCAGGAAAGCUGACACAGAGAGAAUUUCAGGAAGUGAUAGAUGAUGAUAUAUGUGUUAGAUACCCACAAGUGGAGCUCUACUUGAAGAGCAAAGGUAUGCGUGGCAUUGCCGAUCUAUUAAAACAAACACAAGCUGAGAAUGGUUCCAAUAAGCCCAUCGAACUCAGUAUAGAAGAGCUUACGUCAGCUCUUUGUCAAGUUGACUCACAAGUGAAGUUUCUCCCAGCUACUGGACAGGUCGCUGCUCAACAAGGGACUUACCUAGCAAAAUGCUUUGAUCGUAUGGAAGAAUGCGAGAAAAACCCUGAAGGUCCCAUUAGGAUUAGAGGAGAAGGUCGUCAUCGAUUCCGUCCCUUCAGGUAUCGACAUUUGGGACAAUUCGCUCCAUUAGGAGGAGAACAAACAGCAGCACAACUUCCAGGAGACUGGGUUUCGAUAGGACACAGCAGUCAAUGGCUGUGGUACUCAGUUUACGCGAGUAAGCAAGUGAGCUGGCGAACGAGAGUCCUGGUGGUCUCAGACUGGGUGAGACGAUUCAUCUUUGGGAGGGAUUCAAGUCGCAUUUGAAAAUCUCAGGUCUCUAUAGUCUUUGGCUGUUUUACAAGUCGUCGUCUUGCAAAACAACAAUGCGGGAAGAUGUUAAACGUCAUUUGGUUACUUUCAUGAGAUUUUGCAUGUCUUCAUUUUAGCGUAAUCCAGCGAAUUGUCCCAAAUGUCAUUUGGUUACCAACGCUUUAUAUCACAAUUCUUUUUCUUUGGUUCUUCUUGUUCUUCCAAAGUAGGAUCUCAUAUGGAAAAGUUCUAACAUAUGAUGGGAAUUUUGUAAAAAAAAAAUCAAACAUAUGAUAUUACAGAUAUUAG